CCCGACUGCUUCCUCCCGGACUCCACCUCACCAUACUUCAGUCGUGUUCAGCGCACACAUCUGCAUCUCGCCAGAUCCCACGCUAUCAGUCCACGGACCAGGGUCACCUACGCCAUCCGUCUCGGGUACGCAGGGUUCUAGUGUUCCUGGUCGCGACGGCGGCACACGCUUCACACCCAAAUAGUCUCCACCGGUCGGAGUGUGGACUCGUCAAACACGGACUCAUCGUCCCUAUAUUCAUUGCUUCUGCCCGAUCAUUUCGUGAUACCUCUUCCCUUCCCUUCCCUUCCUUCACUUCCGGUUCCAGUCCUUCCUCCUCCCUACAUACCCUUGCGCAAGACCAUUCUCUUCCUGCGUCGUGUCGCGACCUGUAUACCCAAUUGUUGAUCGCGUUCACCCCUGGCUGCGUCCGCCGACCAACUCAAAUACCGCAUCAGGCUGUCAAGGGACCACAAUUGAAGUACCGCCAAAAUGUCCGACGGUCUCGAUGCGCUGCCCUAUGUGCCGCUCGAGGUCUACAAUGGAACUUCCAUGACCGGCGGCGACUCCCUCACCGAAGACCUCAAUGUCUACUACAAUGCGGGUGACAUUGCCUGGAUGAUCACUGCAACAGCUUUGGUGUUGCUCAUGAUUCCUGGUGUUGGUUUCUUCUACUCUGGCCUUGCCCGACGCAAGUCUGCCCUCUCUCUCAUCUGGCUUUCCAUGGCAGCCACCGCUUUGAUUUCCUUCCAAUGGUUCUUCUGGGGUUACUCGCUCGCCUUCUCUCACACUGCCGGCAAAUUCAUUGGCGACAUGGAAAACUUUGGGCUCCGCAAUCUCCUAGGAGCGCCCUCCGUUGGCUCCUCCAAGAUUCCCGACCUCCUGUUCUUUAUAUACCAGGGAAUGUUCGCUAGCAUUACUGUCGCUCUCGCAAUUGGUGCGGCUGCUGAACGUGGUCGACUUCUGCCCGCCAUGGUCUUCUCUUUUGUCUGGUCCACGGUUGUCUAUGACCCGAUCGCCUGCUGGACCUGGAAUGCUUCCGGCUGGGUGUUCAAGAUGGGUGGUCUCGAUUUUGCUGGUGGUACUCCAGUGCACAUUUCCUCCGGUGCCGCUGCCCUGGCCUAUUCCUUGAUGCUCGGAAAGCGUCGCGGUCAUGGGACUCACGAGCUCAACUACCGUCCUCACAACGUCACUCAGAUUGUUAUUGGCACUGUUUUCCUCUGGGUUGGUUGGUUCGGGUUCAAUGCUGGUUCCGCCCUGGCCGCUAACCUCCGUGCCAUCAUGGCCGCGGUCGUCACCAACCUUGCCGCUAGCGUCGGAGGUCUCACUUGGUGCAUCCUCGACUACCGUCUCGAACGCAAAUGGUCGACGGUCGGAUUCUGCAGCGGUGUCAUUGCUGGACUUGUCGCCAUUACUCCCGGCAGUGGUUUCGUUCCCGCCUGGGCUGCUGUGAUCUUCGGCGUUGUCGGAGGCAUCGCUUGCAAUUAUGCCACCAAGCUCAAGUUCCUGCUUCACAUCGACGAUGCCCUUGAUAUCUUCGCCAUUCACGGUGUUGGGGGUCUGGUUGGAGAUCUGUUGACCGGUCUCUUCGCUGCCGAUUACAUUGCCCACCUUGAUGGAUUUUCCGAGAUCGACGGUGGCUGGAUCAAUCAUCACUACAUCCAGCUUGCCUACCAGCUUUGCGACGGAGUCACCGGUAUGGCCUACUCAUUCGUCCUCAGCUGCCUCAUCCUCUUCCUGAUCAAUUUGAUCCCCGGUCUCCACCUCCGUGCAUCCGACCAAGAGGAGAUCAUGGGUAUGGACGAGACCGAAGUCGGCGAGUUCGCUUAUGACUACGUCGAGGUUGCCCGAGAUGUGGUUCACGGUGUCGAACACGAGGCUGUCCCCACUCACAGGGACACUCCAAGCUUGGAUGACGAUAUCCAUGAGGAAAAGCCUGCGAAUCCAAAUGCCGCAACUGCUGCUUCGGCCGGCCCGUAAAAGGAUUGUCAAGUAUUGCCAGCGAGGUUAGUAGGCGUCCUGGAACGGUUGAUCAUCAAUUUCAUGCGAUACGGGUCCAUUGGGCUUUUGUACUAGAUAUGCUACACUACGGAGUACAAGUACUCUAAAAUCUGCUGAUACCCUGAUACAUAAUCACGAACUUUGCAAUAUUGACUCGUUCAAGGGAGUCGUCCGAUCUUUCAUGGUAAAAAGUAGAGACUUGACGUUACCAUACUGUCGAGAUCAUUCUCUCAGUCUUGACCACUGUCUCCAGAUCGAGAGAUGAUGAAUAAGAAGGCAAUGGCUGCUUACGCACGAAAGCCGGAAAAGCAAAUAGCAAGAAGCCGACAGCACUAUCAACAGAAUCGAGAGAGCAUUCUCGAAAAGUCGAAGCUCGCAAGGAAGGAAGCCAAAAUUGAGAAACUGAUGAAGAGUGUGGCAUAAGGAAGAGUUCAGGCAACUCGCUGCUUGCAAUCCUGUUGUCUGGUGCUUUGCAGAAUCACGACACUGAAUCCUGUACCGUUUCAGCAACCAUUAACUUAGUGGCUACUGAACAGUAACUUUAUACGAAUAUGACGGGACGAGGCACUCGGUCAUGGGCAAAAUUACAGGCCAAGUGGAAGACCAAGAAUGUGAACACUGUUCAUCAUGUGUCGUUCUAAUCCGUAAUUCAUGCUAUAUAACCACUGUUCCAGAUUGAGUCGCAAUGCCUUUGGAGUCGUAACCAGUGUACACUGAGACGCUUAGAAGACAAUUGAAAACAUAAUGGUGAAGGAGGACGGUAGAAAGAUAUCUAUUUAACAAGGCGAGAUGGUGAGGGAGGACGGUAGAAAAGUAUCACUUGAAA